UAGUGCCGCUGGGACCGUUGGCAGGAGCGGGUGUCAGUAGCUGCUGAGCCUCGGGAGCUCUGAGCCCUCCGGUUCGAAGAGCAGAGCGCGCGGACUGGUCAGCAUGUCGCGUUACGGGCGGUACGGAGGAGAAACGAAGGUGUAUGUUGGUAACCUGGGAACGGGUGCCGGCAAAGGAGAGUUAGAAAGGGCUUUCAGCUAUUAUGGUCCUUUAAGAACUGUAUGGAUUGCAAGAAAUCCCCCAGGAUUUGCUUUUGUGGAAUUUGAAGAUCCUAGAGAUGCCGAAGAUGCAGUACGAGGACUGGAUGGAAAAGUGAUUUGUGGUUCCCGAGUGAGGGUUGAAUUAUCAACGGGUAUGCCUCGGAGAUCACGCUUUGAUAGACCACCUGCCCGUCGUCCCUUUGAUCCCAAUGAUAGAUGCUAUGAGUGUGGCGAAAAGGGACAUUAUGCUUAUGAUUGUCAUCGCUAUAGCAGAAGAAGAAGAAGCAGGUCACGGUCUAGAUCACAUUCUCGAUCCAGAGGAAGGCGCUAUUCUCGCUCCCGCAGCAGGAGCAGAGGGCGGAGGUCAAGAUCGGCAUCUCCUCGACGAUCAAGGUCUGUGUCUCUUCGUCGAUCAAGAUCGGCCUCGCUCAGAAGAUCUAGAUCUGGUUCGAUAAAAGGAUCGAGAUCCCGGUCCAGGUCAAGAUCAAGAUCUAGGUCUCUUUCACGACCAAGAAGCAGCCGGUCAAAGUCCAGAUCUCCAUCUCCAAAAAGAAGUCGCUCCCCAUCAGGAAGUCCACGCAGAAGUGCAAGUCCUGAGAGAAUGGACUGAAGUUCUCAAGUUCAUCCUUUAGGGAAAAGUUAUUUUGUUUACAUUAUUAUAAGGGAUUUGUGAUGUCUGUAAAGUGUAACUUAGAAAGGAUAUUUCAACCAUCUAAUCAAAAUGGAUCUGGAUUAUUACUGUGUAAAUUCAUGGCAGUAAAAUAAUAUAAAUUUUUGUUGAAUGUAUUAACAUCUUAUGGUCUAAAAUGUGGGGUUUUAUUUGGCACAUUUAAAUAAAAAGUUUCUAAUAGACUUUUGAUUUGUGGUCAAUAUUAACACUUCUUGAGUUGGUAAACGUGAGGAGACAGACUUAAGUUGUCACUAGCCACAUUCAUGCAGACCCACAUUCAGAGUUUAAUGACAUUGGUUAAAUCUUGAACAUAAACUGUUCCUUACACACACACUAGGCUGGGAUCUUAAGGGAUGUCAGAAAUUCCAUUUUACCCUUGUAGCAUUGAGUAAGAUGAUUUUGAGUCCCGUAUAAUAGCAUGGUUAUGACAGAUCCCUAAAUUUAUUUGAAGUCAGUGUUACUGGAUACUGUCACCUAAUCAGUCUAGGGGGACCACUGAUUUGCCUAUAAAUAAGUACGACAAGAACAAAGCAAAACUUAACUAAAUGUGAUAUAAAGUGAGAAACUGAUUUGUGGAGGCUUUAGUAGCUAAUGUUUUCAGGCUUUUGGGUGGGGUGGUUUCUACUGUUCUUUUGUUUCUUUGUUCUCAGAUAUUUUAAUACCAAAACAAAUGCAUGUGUGAGGAAUUGUCUGAAUUUGGAACAAAAUACUGUAAACCAGCUUUGCAAAAUUUUCUAGCCCAGAUAUACUCAAUCCCUUUAAGUGGAUUGCCUUUUUCUGUUGAAAGGCCUGUUCUAUCCAGGCUAAAAUGUUUUGUUUUGUCUUUUUUGAGUCAGACCCUGUCUGUGUAGUUCAGGCUGGCCUUGAAGUCACUAGGUAGCCCCUGCUUACCUUGAACUCUCAGGCAGUCCUCCCUCAGCUUCCUGGGCGGGAUUAUAGGUGUGCACCACCACACCCAGCUCCAAACUUAAGUUUUACAGUUCCCAACAACCAUUCUGUUUUGCCAAGCUGGUACAAAGAAAAGUAAUUGAAGAUGUUAACCAGAAAUGUUAAUGAGACUUAGCAGUUUUGUAAAUCUCACAUAUUUAGCAAUAUUUCAUGUAGCUAAUUUUUUUUAGUAGUAUCUCUUAGAUCGUAGAGUGUUAAUAGCCAGUAGGUUCUUAGUCAAUUUAAAUAUUAAGUAUAAUAGGGCAGUAAAACAGUCGUGAGGAUUUCUGGAAAUGCUUUCAUCAGUAUUACUCAGCUCAGAAUGCUGGUGACCCAAGAAUCUGCCCUUGUCUAUUUUGUAGGCUUUUAACAGUCAUUAGAUAGUAUUGGAAUUUGGGAAUCCUGGUCUGCCUCAUUUAUUUGAUGGUCUUGAGUGACCACUAGUAUGUUGGGAAUUACUUGGAUUCUUUACCUUUGGAAUUUUGACAACUGGUUAAAUUAACAAAGUUGGUAUAAAGCUAUGUGUGAUUGGCAGGCUUAUCUGUUGCGCUUGGUUAGCUUUGUUAUGUAUUCUAUAAAGUUAAAUUUAUUCAACAAUAAAUCUGCAGAGAUUG